AUGGAAGAAUUUGAGUACGAUGUGGUCAUUUAUGGAACGGGAUUGGUAAACUGCCUAGUCGCCUCCAUACUUACGAAGAAUAAGUUUAAAGUGCUACACAUAGAUAAGCACUCGGAGUACGGAAAUAACUACAGGACGUUGUCCUUCAGGCAGCUCCUGGAGUUGAAGAAUUCGGUCCCUUUGAGCCGCUCUUUGACCAAAAGAACGAGCACGCUUGAAACUGGCGAUAGGCAGAACAGCCUCGACAGUUCAAGCGGGCCGGGCACCCUCAGCAGUCUCGAUAGUAUCAGCAGUAUGAACAGCAGCGUAAAUCCAGAAACGAACGAAGAAACGCAGCCUGAAACCCCGACCUCUAGAUCGGAAAGUAGGCAUUUGGGAGUGUUGAGCAGUCUGAUGAAGCAGAGCAACUCAUUUAACAUUGACCUGUGGCCGCGAAUAUUGUUAAACAACACGACGUUUACAGAUUUUUUGGUCUACACAAACAUACACAAGCAGCUUCAACUGUGUACGAACAUAAACACAAACGUGCUUUUCAGCUACGAGGCAUAUUUGAUGACUUCGGAUGCCAGGAAAGGCGCUAACGGUAGUGUUAGUGACGCCAGUAAUGUCAGUAAUACUGCUAGUAAUAAGGGUAAGGAAACGAGUGGUAGUUCAACGACAAAGAAUUUUAGCGAGACCACAGGAUUGUUGUUUGAACUGGUGCAUGACAAGAAUUCGAUAUUUAGAAGUAAAUAUUUGGAUUUAAAGGAAAAGAGACUGCUUACGAGGUUCAUAAAUAAAAGUCUACUUGAUGCGACGGGAGGAGAAGAGGAUGAAAGCUGGGUCGAGUAUUUGAAGAAAAAUAAUUUGAAUGAAAAGUUGAUUAACAUAGUAAACUGUAUGAGACUGUCAGUAGUAGGAGGAACAAGUAAAAAUAAAUGUAAAGUAGAAUUGAGUAAUUAUUUGAAGUCGUUUAAAGUAGGAAGCGAUAAGACAGCAACAGAGAAUAGAAGUUGUAUAAUAUAUUGUUUGUACGGAACAAAUAACCUGAUACAGCACAUAUGUAGACUGUCGUCACUGAAUAACUGCCACUAUAUGCUGAGUCAUGAAAUAAAGGACAUGGAGGUGGUGGAAAGAAGUGUGUACAGUAGAGUUGGUAGCAAUGUAAGCACAGCUGGUGAGACUGGUAAGAAGGAAGCCACUAAUGAGGAUGGUAACGAAGGAACUGCUAAUGGUGGCAGUAAUAACAGGAAGAUACUAUUGCACCUGGAUGAUUAUGACAUAUACACAAACUAUGUGAUAACAGAGUACGCAGUGUCGACCACAGCAACAAUAAACAGAGUCUAUGGAACUGAAGAUUAUACCACAGAAGAAGGUAGUGUAGAAGGUACCACAGAGGGCACAGAAGAGGAUUCUCAAGAAGGUACCAGUGAAGGUAUUUCAAAAGGUAUUGCAAAAGGUAGUGUACAAGGUAAUGCAAAAGGCAUUGAAGAAGGUAAUGCAAAAGGUAGUGUACAAGGUAAUGCAAAAGGCAGUGUACAAGGUAAUGCAAAAGGCAUUGAAGAAGGUAAUGCAAAAGGUAGUGUACAAGGUAAUGCAAAAGGCAUUGAAGAAGGUAGAGUUGCUGGUGCAGAGGAUAAGAAGCUGUUGGUCGUAUGCAUGAUUAGCGAUAGGAUGGUGCUGGAUGAUAUAAACAUGUGUAUGGUAAUACCAGGAACGACUAAGGAAAAAGAUAGCACAAGCACGAGUGCUACAGAAGGUACGAGUGGUGGUCAGAAAAGUAAUAGCGGAAGUGGUAGUGAUGGUAAGGUGAGUAGUGGGACUGGUGAAGAUUGGACAGUGAUAUUGCAGACGUGCAAGGACUCGCAGUCGUCACCAGAAGGAAUGUACGUAGUCUACUUCAUGAGUUUAGCAAGCGCAAGCGCAAGUAGUACUGGAACUGAAUACAGUCACGGUAGACAAGAAGAAAAGGAGAGUGUUGGAAACGACGGAGCUUUAGAAGAAGGUGAGAAGAUGGAUGAUAACGUAUUGAGAAUGGUAAACAUGUACAAGGCACUGGUGGGUGAUUUGAGUCACAUGUUGUUUGUGUCAUACGGAUACUAUGACACAGGAUAUGAAAUAGAGGUGAUAGCCAGUAAUAGUAGCGCAACUCAAAGCAAUAAGGAUGGCUCUAAGGAUAGUAGCAGAAGCACGGAAAGUAAUAGCAGUGCAAAUGGGACGGUCAGGGAAGAGGAGGCGCAAAGAGUAAAUCAAGUGACAGUGUACAAAAACAAAUAUAAAAACGACAGCAUGCUGGUGUUCAUGAAUGAGCUGAAAAUAUCGGAAAAAGUAGCAGAGUUGGUGAUGAAGCUUAACAAAGAGAAGAGAGCUGAUAAAAGUGUGGAAGAUGAAGGUGGAAGUGGAGAUGGAAGUGGAAGUGGUAAGGUUGGUGGGAAGUUUAGUGGGAAGAAAGAAGAAGAAGUGGACUUUGAAAAGUACCUGAAGUGCAUAGUGCCAGAAGACGAAGAACAGGUGGACCUAAACUGCGACUUCUUCAUGGAUUUCGUCAAUAAACUGUUCUAA